AUGAAAGUGGUCAAAGAUAUUCCUGAAGAUGAUCCUAUCAAUGAUGAUAAUAUACCAAUCGCAGUGCAAUUAUUUCUGUGGAAACAAACAACACCGUUUAUGCGCCCGAGAUUUGGAAAAGUUCACGAAUCUACAUGCACGUUCUGUCAACGGGCUCCGGGACAUCAUGAACUCAAAGAAGCCUGUAAGUCAUUUGAAAAAGUUUUAGUUCAGAAUCUUCGCUUUGGUCUAUCAAAUAAUCUAAUUGAAGCUAUAGAGUCUAUUCCACGAUGGAGACUAAUACAAGCUGCUUUACCACAUGUGAUGCACGCCCUAGCAGGACUCUUACACAACAGAGUAAAAGACAAUAUGCAAACAUUAGGAAAUGUAGAAACAAAACUACUCUAUACAUUACAUUGGAUAUUACUUGAUGCUUCCGAUGAAUGUGCGGACAAUGACUAUGAGAAUGGAAAAUAUUAUUCAAAUCCAUUUCAUUAUUUAUUUUCAAUACCUACGAUGACACUUUUUGUUUUCCUUUUUGCACCAAUCUCACAUCAUCUAAAGGAGUCGGACUUCACUAACAACUAUCGAUUGGAAAAUGGACUCAAGUUGUGGCAGGCGAUGUGGGAAUUUAGGCAUCCUGAUUCUCCUUGUUUUACCACCCUUGUCAAACCCAAACCUAAGCCAUUGGGAGGAAAAUUCUCUAAAAGAAAUCAGCAUGGAGAUGUAUUUAUGGGCCGAAAAUUUUCCAAAGAGGAGAGUGCGGUAAAUGGCAGCCCUCCCAGUCAAAACAUAUCAAUGUCCCAAUCAGAAGCACCUUCAAAACAAGCUAGUACUGAAGAAGAGCCGUGGCUUUCAUCUCCUAAAGACACUAUUUUUCCUGAAACAAUACCUGAAGAGAGCUCUAGUACAGAAGAGGAACAUGUGUUCAUUUAUCGUCUGCCAUCUGAACAAAACUUCAACGGUGCAAACAAAGGGUCUUAUACGGUGUAUGCGGCUGAUCCGAGUAUAUUCCAAGUACGAAAAACUGAUACAACGAAACCCUCUUUACCAGGAAUUAAACCUUUACCACAAAUUACUAAAAUGAGUUCCUCUGAUAAGGAGUCGUUAUCAGAUAGUGGUGGGCAGCCCGGUGUGAAAGGAACUCCUACAUCUACGGAUAAAGGAACUAGCAUUAAACAAAUACAGCAUGUGUCUGCAGCCACUUUUCUCGACGUUGCAACCAUGCGGUGCCUUUUUGCAUCUCAAUGGCAAGAAGAAGGCGUGUAUUGGGCACUACAUUACUUAUACAAUCGAUUGCGUGAUAUUUGCGAUGAGAUAUCCAAGCAGAUUCAAAUACGGAGACGAAGUAAUUCACUGCCAAUACCAAAAAUUGAAGUAUCUAUCUACCAAAGUCCCGAAAUAAAGGAACAGGAUUCCUUGAAAAACUUUAUGGAGGUCCCCGAGUCGAAAGACGUGUCACCGAUAACAGAAAUUCCAUUCUCAAAUGCAUCAAAAUGCGACGAAGACAACAUAAUGUCCAGGAGGGCGAGUGAAAAAGUUAAACGAAAAAUGAAAAUGGCCGAUUUGAAAGCGUUCGUUGAAACUAAAUUGUUGUCCAAAUCGGAAAAAGCUUUGGAGAAAAUCGGUCACGACGAACAUAAAUUUAGUUUUCAUACUGCAGUAAGAAUGAUAUCUGAGUACCAUCGAAGCUUAGACAAUGCAGACGACAGACCGAACUCUGCUCUCGCAGCUAACUUCUCCCCACUAACGCCCAGACUCGCCGGAGAUCUAUUGCAAUGUAACCUCAUUAAAGGAAAAAGUAUGCCAAGUCUUAGCUGUCUGAUAGAUGAGCUAGCCUCUAAUGGGUAUAUCGGCGAGAUUAAGACGGAAAGGGCGCAAACUGGAGCAGUUACAAAGCAAAUGAAUAUGCAGAAGAAGAAAAAUCCCAUCAUCACUGUGACUGAACACACGCCCACACCAUCGCCCGAUUAUCUUUCUAAAACAAGACAAGGAUCAUUGGAAUCUCAAAUGGAUUCAGUGAGUAUGCAAGGGUCGCAACACAUCCCGACACCAGAACGCAAGCCUAGCUUAACGCGAUCACAGACAGACUCGAACAUUACUUACAUUGUUGAAGAAAUACAAGAAGCCACUGGAUCUCUUUAUUAUAUAACGAAAGAUGGGGAUAUUGAUUUUCAAGUCGUCCUCAAAGCAGUGUACUCCGUGUCGACUAUGGACAGUUUUUACAUAACAAUGAGAGUCAUGGAAGUUAUGCUAAAUUUAGUUGAUACGCUUAUGGAAAUCGGAGUUCACAAGAAUUGGCAAAUCGAUGAGGAUCAAGAUCCCCAGCCAGAAACUGUUGAUCCACUGGCAGAGUUUCAAAAGGAAAAAGAUAGCAAGGAGAGAGACUCUGGUAUACCUUGUGCUCAAAGUCAAGAUUCGACGAAUGUUGAAGCCAGUGAAAAUAAAGAAAAAUCGAAGGAAGAAGAAAAUUUCGACUGUCCCUAUUAUAUGCUUAUGUAUAUUAUUUUAAGAUUACUACGUCAAUUAGGUUGUUCUCACGGUUGCACGACCGCGUUACGCGGACCUCAAGCAGAGUGUCUUCGUGUACAAGCAAAAAACUCACUUCGACAAUUGCGAUUGGCUUCUGUGACUAAAUUCACUCUACGACUCAAAGAAAUGACAAAAUUUGCACCAAUCAGGGAGGUUUUAGACAACCUUCACUCCACUCUCGGUUAUUGCACUGAACCAGCAAACAUGGUCUCACCAAUGAACCAGCAAAAGAAGAAUUUUGCAAAAUCUCCGGAAAUAAGCCAUCUGCAGGCAGGAUACGCGACCAACUUUGGAGCAGGGCAGGGAGCCAAUGCGAACAGAGCCUUAGAAAACUUUAUCGUGGAAUCCACAUUUAGAGUUCUAGUUACGAGAUUUGCAAUGAUGCAUAAAGAAUUAAAGUUACUCGACAAUUCGGCGCUAUACGCGGAGGUGCGCCUCCUCCUGAGCUACGUGCGGGAGGGUCACGGGGGGGAGUUCCGCGCGGUCGCCUUCAGCGGUCUGCUGGACACCGCGGAGAGGCCCGGCGCGCAACACAAGGACUCCAACAUGCAGACCACGAGAGUCAUAAGACACGUGGCGCGCGCGGACGACGAGCGCGGCUCGGACGCGGGCGCGGACUCGGGCUGCGCGCCGGACGAGCGCUGCCACAAGAAGUUCACGUUCAAGAAGCGCAGCGCCUCCUCCGCCGGCGCGCACAGUCUUCUAGAAACCGAAGGCGGUGAUGAAUCGGCGAGUCAGUCGCCUCUAUCUGUACGAACAAGAAGAUACCAGCUCACUCCGAGACAGUCUGAACGAACGAUCCCGUCCGCUUCGUCCGUUGACAUAACGCCUAACCGCAAAAUAUCUCAUUCGAAAUCUAUACCUUCCAAGUUUCAUAUAAGUGGUAUAGUGAACUGGUUCCGUCAAAAGCCACAACCUCAGAAUCUUAUCCGGAACGGCGCUGGAUCCGGCGAGUCGCUGCCCAUAUCCGGCAGCAUGGCGUCCUUAGCAAGACCGUACCACACACAACCCAUACAUGUAUCACGACCGGUUCAUGUUAAGCGACGUGUCGGUUACACACUCAAUAGAGCAAGAAAAAGAGUGGAAGAUAGAUUGAAUAGAUUCGGGCUCAGAAAAAUGGGUAAAAAGAGAGAUGGAAGUAUUGAAGAGACUACAGGUGGAUAUUUGUCUCGUCGAGGUUCAGCUGAGGGUGGUUCAGGUGGUGGGGAGUCAGAAGUCGUUGUGUUGAAAAGAAGGAGAUUAGUAGCAGCUGCGCCACUGUAUGCUGGUCUUGCGAGAUUUAGUUUUAUUUUAGACGCAACACAGCCUGGCGCCACACCUGAUGCUUUGUUUAUGGCUGCUUUAUUGGACCUUCCACACACAGUCGUCGUUGGAAGAGCUGCUAUGCUUCUAGAAUGUGCGCACUUAGUACACAAUUGCAAUAAAGGACAAUGGCCAUAUUGGCUCAAAUCAAAUAUGGCGAAAAAUCCGCUAUCUUCAGGUCCUAUGCAAUUGAGGAGACAACGUCUGGCCGGAAAACUAUUCUAUCAAUGGGCAGAAGCAAUCGGAAACAGAUUAGAAGAUAUGCUAAAUGAGGAUAGAAAGCAUAUUGAUACUGUGGUCAACCUUGUCAACGAUCCCGAUGGUCAACGAGAACUAUUACAACAAGACGAGGAGGAAGAUUUCUUAGACGAAGCUAGUAUUCGGCUUCCUGGGAAAACCAUUGGCGCUGAAUGUCCCCGUGCUCUAAGACUAGUCGCCUGCAUGCUAUUGUUCGAAAUAACUGCAUUUCUCCGUGAAACCUACCAAAACCUACCGAAAUCUUGUCGAUCUUCUUUAAAGGAAAGGGGACCUUGGGACCGAGUGUACAGGUGGAUGCAAAAGAGGAGACGUUUAAUGUGUAAUAAUAAGGCUCUUAGCAGUCAACACACAUUAAUGCCAGUCGAGGAGGCUAACAGACGCUGGAGUAUGGCACUCUCAAGUAUGGGCCACUCCCAAGCUUCAGCACAGAGCCUGCAAUCGAUUGCCGGACCGGAAACGGAGAGGAAAAUAUCUUUCGUCCUUCACGAACCGGAAAACGUGUCUGGAGGAAGCAGCGUUACUCUCCCCGAGGCGGCCCCGGCGGACGACAAGAAGGGCCGGCUGGGCGCGCGCGCGAAGGGCGUGGCGCGCCGCAACACGCAGCAGCACGCCGCCUACGGCUCCUUCAAGCGGCGCUCCAUCAAGCUCAGGCAGAAGGACGCGCGCGACGUGGACGACUUUGUCAAUAAAAGAUCAGAUUCCAUACAAAGUAGAAGAAAGGUUUCAUCGCUAUCUGAUAGAAGUGACACAUCGGAAGUUUAUCCAGCAACAGGCGGUACAGUAAUAAUGCCCAAUGAAAUGGAUAGUGGUGGUGAAGAGAGUCCAGGAGUUUUGUCUGAUGAUCACGACCACCCGCCUGACAGCCCCGACAGUACUAGUACUGAUCCUCCUGACAUCAACAAGGGUUUUCCUUGGCUCAAGGUAAUAGUCAAAUUUAUGAACUCAUUCAACUACGUAUGUUGUCAUCAAAAUUUUUGUCACCCGUAUUGCUUUCGUCGCAACAUGCGAGCUACUGUUCGACUUAUGAAGUCUGUUCAAAAGAUAUAUGGGGAGAAAUUUGGUCCAGAAAUUAAUAACACAAACAAUGAUGAAGGAUCUGGUGGGACAAGACGAGGCAGACGGACCCGCAAAUCUUCGGAACAUGCGAGUGAUAGAAUCGAUCGAUCAGUCAUUGAAAGUGCAGGACUCGCUUACCGUACAGCGGGAGUAGAACAAUCAGUUCCCACCACAGAAACACCAGUUGCGGACAAGCCUGGUGCUAUGCCGUACCCGCCUCUCGAACCGCCCCCUAUAUUGAAAUACAUAAAAACUCAGGUGCGCGACGCGUACCACGCGCCCCUGGCGGCGCUGGUGAAGGGCGCGACGACGCUGAGCGAGGACGUGUUCGCGGAGGCGGCGGGCGCGGCGUGGCACCUGCUGCUGGAGCCCGACCGCGAGCUCAGCGCCUGCGCCGCCGCGCUCUACGUGCUGGCCGCCGUGCGCGCGCCGCUCCCCGCCGCGCACCUCAUGCACCGCCAGCUCAAGCACCCCGACCCCGCAGUGCGGAUAAACGCUAUUUUACGUUUCCAAGUAAUGUGGAAACUUAGAUAUCAAGUAUGGCCACGUAUGGAGGAAGGUGCAUCUAUGACAUUUAAAGUACCUCCGCCCGGUAUUGAGUUCACUCUGCCUUCCCCGAAAAUUGGCAUUGAAUCAUUAGCUGUGGUCGAUCCGCCUUGGAGUCCACAAGUUAAGGAUAAAGACAUGGAAAUGACUCUUAAUCAAGAACGACAUCGUUCGCUAGUCACUGCAACUAAAACACGAAAAAAGCAACAAACUGAAGCUAUCAAAAAGGCGUUACAACAAAGGGACGAUAAGAAAAAAGCUGAAAGAGAAAGUUUCUUAAUAACAACAAUACCAAUUACUCGACAAGCCGCUCGCGAACCUGCUCUCGAUCACGUUGCAGAUGAUCACGUUGAGCCGCCAGCAGACGAGGAGAUGGCAGAGGGGGUCCGUGGCUCUCACCAUACACAAGUGGCAUCCGCACUAUUCCCUUCUGUGCUGUGUUCUGCUGUUGCAGAGAUCAUCUCGCUACUAGACGACGCAGCCGUGUCUAGAGACGGCUGCUCUGUAUAUGAAGUUGCUUAUCAAGUCAUAUGGGGAUGCCUAGUAGAAGAUUCCGCACUAUUCUUACGUCACGUUCUAGAAAGAUUAACAAGAGACCAUCAAGAUGAAAUGUUUAAACUGCUCCGACAUUUAAUCAGAUUUAUUCCGCGACUGCCGCAACAAGCAGCUUUUGCUUUAUAUAACUAUAUAAUAGGCUACGUAAUGUUCUAUGUGAGAUCACCACAUGAAGACGGACAAAGACUUAUUGGAGCCGCGUUGUCUAUUUUGUGGAUGGUAGUGCAUAGUGUACAUGGCAUAAUGUUUAAGGAUUUAAAGCAAAUCUUACGAAAAGAACAAUGUGACGCUUCUAUAUUACUCACUGCAAACGUACCUGCUGCGAAGAAGAUUAUAGUGCACGGACCGUCGGAUAAUGAAGGCAGUAUUCCAUCACAAUUCCCUGUUCAAGAAGAUACACAGUUUUGUCAAAUUCUGAGAGAAUCUCUCGAUUAUUUUGGCAUACCGGAACGAUUACACGAUGAGCACUUCCUUGUUGAUUUUAAAACACGACAAAUUCAUAACCCCCAAAGCUACGUACGUGACCAUUAUUUUUUUAAACGAUCUCAAUACCCCCAACUGGGUCUUGUGCAUAUGGUACCCGAAGAAGCUUUCGAAAAAUUACAACAACAAGAAUUAUUACUGAAAUUUGUUGAAACUGGCAAAGUGUUGUUGACAUGGGCCAUACUCAAAAAUGUGGAUAUGGUGGUACAACGCGUAGUUUUCCUACAUGACGAACUCAUGAAGUUACCAUCUUUCCCCAGAAAAGCUCUCGAAGCUGAUCUGGCUUUGUAUAGUCGUGGACCCCUUGGCUCGACAUUGCUGGGAUUAGAUGUGUUACAUAAAUUCAUGUGGGUGCGUCUUAUAGCUCGCAUGUUCGAAGCGAUGGCUGGAAACUUCACAUCAUCCAGAGAUAUACAUCUGUUUUUAAAUGUCCUGAACGGUGCCUUAAUGUUACAUAGUGAAGAUUCAUUAAUUUUACGAUAUGUUAUAGCUACGUAUGUUAACGCUGCAUUUAAUUUCAAGAAUAUAUUUUCUACUAAUGGAUAUCUUCUGAUAAUGCCAACUCUAUUGCAAAUAUACUCAAACUUCCAGACUAAUAAGUUAGUAACGACGACAAUAGAGUAUGCUGUAAAACAGUUUUAUUUGUUAAAUAGAAAACCUUUUAUAUUGCAAAUGUUUGGUUCAGUAUCAGCCAUUUUGGAUACUAAUGAAGAAGCUGCUUAUGGGGAUGCUAGUAAAGUACAGUCAAGUUGUCUUUUUAAUCUCUUACUAAGUUUGGAGACACCCUCUCCCGACCCUCUACAUAUAGCAGAAUUAAUAAAAGAAGAGAAACCUCUAAAGCCCAUAGACUUCUGCUACCGAGAUGAGGACGAAAUGGUUAACGUGUUGGAUUGUAUCAGUCUGUGUGUUAUGGUCGUGUCGUACUCUGCUGAAAGUAUGAGAGGAUAUCAAAUGCUUAUAAUACUUGAAGCCAUACUACCAUGUUACGUGAAGCAAAUACAACUGCCGACAUACAAUAGAGAAGGCAAAACAGAAAAGGAAAUUAUACAACAAUUGGCAAUUGCCAUCAAAACCCUCGUUAAUAAUUGUGAAGGAUUAUCCAAGUCGUACAACGGGCCGUACCGCACGUCGCCGGAGCACAAGGGCUCGUCGCAGCGCGGCUGCGCGCGCUCGGCCGCGCCGCCCUUCAUGACGCUCGACCUGCUCGACGACGAGUCGCACUCGCGCUACGUCAGCGACCACUCGCGCCUGCCGCCCCUCGCCGACUACACCGGCACCGAGGACUCGGAGUUAGUGCGUGCUGAAUACCGUCGCCCUCGUGACGUACUGCUUUCCCUCGUGGGAGAAUUCAUUGGCCGCGCUACCACGCGUCUCUUAGAACUGAACGGGUCUAAGGGUAGCGGUAGCUCUGAAGGAAAGCCCGUGGAGUUGCUCGACUCAAAGUCGCAUGCGAGAUUAGCAGAUAUAGCUCAUUCGCUGUUAAAAGUGUCUCCAUAUGAUCCUGAGUCCAUGGGUUGUCGAGGUCUCGAACGCUAUAUGACACAGGUCCUCCCAGCUGCAGACUGGGCGGAUGAUGCUCUUAAACCUGCACUCAUUAUGAUAUUGAGGCGCCUUGACAAGGUCUUUCUUAAAAUUGCCAAAAAGCCAAGUAUUCGUAGAAAUACGGAUUGGGAUUCCGCUGCGGUGUUACUAAAAGGCGUUUAUGAGACGAUGAUACGGUGUCCAUACAUUAUGCAUUGGCAGCAAGUUAAAACUCUCUUGAACACUAUACAAGCCUUAAUAGUAUCAGAUAACAGCAGUGGAGAAAAUUUGUCUUCAGCAACAGCUGCUCUAAUGUCUCAACCUCCGCCAGCACACUUUUGUGGCACCGUCGUUAGACUAAUAGCAAUACAAGUGAUAAAUACCGGGGAUAGCUACUCGUUAGAACAGAUGUGCGGUGGAAGUCCUAUUUUUCCUAGUGGCGAGAAAACAGAAAAUAUGCUGAUGAAUUUAUUCAUGCCAUUGUGUUUGCGAGUUGGUAGCGGAAGAAAAGACGUGCCCCCGCUGCGGCAGUCGGACGUGUCGUACCUGGUGUCGGUGGUGGUGAGCGCGCUGUGCCCGCCCGCGCCGGCGGGGCAGGCGGCCGCCGCCAACUCCAAGCUGGCCACCGACGCGCGCGCCAACUCGCUCACCUUCACCGGCAGCCGCGACACGCGCAACACCACGCGCCUCUCCAACCACCUGUACAGAAUCGCCUUCCUUGCUCUGAAGGUGCUGUGCGCGUGCUUCACGAGCGAGCUGUGCAGUGAGUGGGGCCGCAUUGCGCGCGCCAUGCGAGAGCUGGGCCGACGCAACGAGGCCGCGCACCACCUGUGGGACUUCCUCGAGCACGUCGUCACCUUCCGCACGCCGCUCUACGUGCUGCUGCAGCCCUUCAUCGUGCACAAGCUAUCUCAGCCUCCAAUAGGCGACCACGAGAGGCACAUGCAGUUUGUGGUCCGCGAGCGUGUUCGUGGCCUCAAGCUACCCGCAGCUCGCGCUCGCGGAACGUUGCUCGCAGACCUGUCGCGCGAGCUGCGUGCCGUGAGGGACUCGCACGAUCAUUACAAAUUUGAGCAAAUAGCGGAGAGCAUCGGUGCGGGUGGUGGUAAGCGGGCAUCAGAGGCCGCGCCCCGCCCCGCGCUGGACAAGCAGCAGCAGCACCGGCCCUCGCUCAUCUCCAUGCUGGUGGGGCGCGCCCCCGCACCCCGCACGCCCGACCACCCCGCGCCCCUGUCCGCCCAGAGAGGUCGUACAUCCAUCACUUUUAUUUUUAUAGAAUCACUAUCAAGCAGUUCGACUACAAGUCAGCCGGUGUUUGAAUUGCCAAAUAAUAAUAACGGCCGCUACAACGACAACGGAAAUAAUAAUAUUAACAACGCCAACGUACAUUUGGGAACGAUCAACAACAAUUACUCCGGAGAACAAAGAUCGGCAGUCGGUACGCCGCCUUAUGGAAACAUUCAAACAAAAUUGCGUUUCAUGUCAUCUGUGGAAUUUAAAUUGACUUCCGGAGAGACGUCAUUGACACCGCUGUCGCCGAUGUCAGCACCUUCAGCUGGUGAAUCUUGCGAAGAGGCUGCGGAUAAUGACGAGAGACCUCGCCUGCAGCGUUCUCAUGGACCCUCCAAAAAGACCUUCAAGUUCCGUCGCAGUCGGUACGCGAAGCCCGAGGCGGCGCGCGCGCGGCUGGAGUCGGACGAGUGCUCGUCGGCGGCGGACGGCACGCCGCAGCGCCGCGCGCGGCCCUCGCUGUUGCAACCCGCGCCCGCGCCCGCCGCGCUCAACACCGACACCUCCUACGACAGCGAGAUCUCGCAGACCUCCUCCACCUCCGGAUACAGUCACCCAUACAGAGAGAGCUACAGCCUUCAGGCGUCCAUGUCGGAGUCACCGGGCGGCUCGGUGCGCGCGGCGCGCAGCGACUCUGCCACGCCGCACGCCAGCCCCGACGCUUCUUUAAGCUGUGAAUCUGCAACAUCAUCAGCUGAAAGGACUGCUUUGCUCGGCACAGCCAGCCAGAGGUCUCUACUAUUGAGCAGCGAACUACGCGACGAAGACACACUGCUUUAAAUUUUCUUCAAUAGUUGUACCUUGAGAAGAUAAUGUAUUAAGUUAAACUAAAUUCCAGUAAUACAAUAUUUAUAAAUGUAUGUUAACUUGCCACUAAACAAUAUUUAAGUAUCUAAAGAAUUUAAACUGACAUCAAUUAUAUUAUUUAGUGAUAAUUAUAUAUCUAGGAAUAAUAUUUUACAAUUUUCAAAAUAGUAUUCUACCAGGCUGGAACUAUGUAGUUUUAGAUAAAUAAUUAUUUAUGAUGUUUCUAUACAUUGUCCUAUUUUAUAUUUGUGUUAUGUUCAUUAUAGGUACCUACAUAAACAAAAAAAUUCAUUGCAACUAUAAACAAAUGGAUUUGGUAGUUGUUGCUGUUAUAGUAAUAGUUGCGUGUAGUAAUUAUUCAAAUUAGAUGGAUAAUUAAUUGUUAUUAUUAAUUACUUUUGGAAGAUUUUAAUAGAAGUUUUUGUUUUA